AUGGAAAACCACACCAUGGACUUAGAUGAGGUGCCACUGACAACAGAAUUUGACUACGGUGAUUCAACUCCUUGCUUGGGAACUGAUGAAAAGCACUUUGCAACAAAAUUUCUGCCACCCCUUUAUUCCUUGGUGGUGAUCUUUGGCCUCACAGGCAACAUGCUUGUUAUCCUUAUCCUGGUAAAAUACAAGAGAAUGAAGAGUAUGACUGACAUCUACCUCCUCAAUUUGGCAAUUUCUGAUUUGCUCUUUGUAUUUUCUCUCCCUUUUUGGGCCUACUAUGCUGCUCAUGACUGGAUUUUUGGGGAGGCGCUGUGUAGAAUUCUCUCAGGUAUCUACCUCCUGGGCUUCUACAGCGGGAUCUUCUUCAUAAUCCUGCUGACCCUGGACAGGUACCUGGCCAUAGUGCAUGCAGUGUUUGCUUUAAAAGCCAGGACAGUGACCUACGGCAUCCUCACCAGUGCUGUCACGUGGGCUGUGGCUAUUUUUGCUUCUGUUCCUGGGGUAGUAUUUCACAAAACUCAAAAGGAAAAUUCACGUUACACUUGCAGUGCUCACUAUCCAAAUGAUGCUGCAAUAAAUUGGAAGCAAUCCCUUCUUUUAAAAAUGAACAUCCUGGGACUUGUUGUUCCAAUGUUCAUCAUGAUUUUCAGUUACUCACAAAUUCUAAAAACAUUAUUGAGAUGCAAGAAUGAGAAAAAACAGAGGGCAGUCAGACUUAUUUUCAUGAUCAUGAUUUUUUACUUCAUUUUCUGGACACCAUUCCAUAUUUGUUCCUUUUUGCAUACAUUUCAAAAUUCACUCUUUGACACAAAUUGUGACAUCAAAGGUCGACUGGAGAAAGCAAUCCAAGUGACAGAAACAGUAUCAAUGAUCCAUUGUUGUAUCAAUCCUGUGAUCUAUGCAUUUGUCGGAGAGAAAUUUAGGAAGUACCUUUGUGUCUUUUUCCGAAAGCACGUUGCAGUCCAUCUCUGCAAAAAAUGUCCAAAUCUUUAUCGCGAAAAAUUAGAGAGAGCUAGUUCCACAUUCACACCAUCCACUGCAGAGCAUGACAUCUCUACUGGACUGUAG